CUGCAACUGUCAGGCCCACAAAGCUCACAGCAAGGCAGAUUUCGACUCGCAAUGAUUACUGAGCGGGUUUGCUACCAGCCUAAAUCGAGGCGGAAAUUGUCCUUGAGAAUCAUGAGGCGAGAAUAAAUUCUUGCCUGACACCCGCAAAGAGGGGUUGAUAUUUCCAAGCCUUUCUUCCUCUCGAUCUCGCUUUACUCUAUUGCAUAUACGGGUACAUGAUGGCAACACUACUUCUCCUAGGUCUCUGUUUAACGUCACUGUCUGUAGGCGCUGAUGUCAACCUCACGAGCUCCGGCUGCGUCGACCCUUCUGGGCUCCAAUCUUGUCAGAAAAAAGCGAACGACCAAACCACCUCCUGCAUCAACCAGGCGAAGCGCGAUUCGAGUCAAGAAGAGCUCCUCGCUUGUAGCUGUGCGGAUUACAUCAACAACUACAACUGCUAUGCCGAAUUUUGUUGGAAUAGGGUCUGGGAAUGCGAGUAUCAGGAAUAUAUCAUCUCGUACAUGAACAACUGCGCCACUGCGAAACUGCCAGUGCCCUACUUCCCGGCUCCAGAUGAUGCUACCGAUGCCUGUUCAUGCAACCUGGGCAAGGUGCACAUGGCCGUCGUGGACGCGAUACAAGAGACUGCGACUUGUUCAAACAACGCCAACUCUGGAGACGCUUCGAGCAACGUGCAGCAGAUCCAAGGAUGUAAUUGCUGUGAAAUCAGCGGAGCACUUUCCAGUAUUUUUGAGAUCUGCCCCAACACAGAUCCUACCCUUGUCGGGCUCUCGAGAAUCAGUGAUCUCGAGACAGAGUUGAACACGCCGUUCUCAUCCUGCGGACAAUACCUGGAGACAUAUGAUUGCAUUUCCUCACUCUCGUACUCGCUCGACGGCGUCAGUACAUACCUCAAGCCUUCGGACCCUCUGCAGACUGGAACGGAAACUUUGAGUAACGGACCCGGGACUGUAACAACCCCAGCCAGCGGGCAGGUCUUCUCUUACACCAACGGUGGUGAUGGAGUGGUGUAUACCAUCACGGCUGCGACUGGGGCUGCGGAAGUCGCUGCAACAACCCACGGCACAGGAUCCGCACAGUCUGGAACCGAUUCAACAGCUUCUGCGGCGAAAAGCACUGGAACAGCAAAAUCGAGUGAAGCCCCGGUGUUGGCCAAGCGUACAUCCUGGGCGCUGGCGAUGGCUUGCUCGGCCCUAGUAGCGGUUCUUUUGUAGAUGCUGGGUUAAGAUUCAUCGUAUAAUUUCCCGCGCCACGCCGUUUCAGAUUUCGCUGCGAUCUUUACGUGAAGUGGGUUCCUCAAUAUUUUCGAGCUUUUCUGACGCUGAUGACCACCAUACUUUUCAAUUUGACCAUAGAUUUGAGGUCACAAAGCGAUCACCCUUCCUUGAG